AUGAAUCCUGACAACGUCCCAGAUAGUGCGAUGGCUUCCAGCAGCACUCCCCCUCUCGACUGGGAUCUGAGCGAUCGCCUUGUCACCACCACUCAACCUCAGACAUACGAGGUCGCCGCCGACGGUGAUGCCUAUUUUCGAGCCCUCACAGAAACAAAAGAUCACGUCUUGAUACGUGUCUCGACCGAGGCGCUGAGCAGGAACACAAAGUUCUUCAGAGAGCAAUUCAAGGCAAGCUGGGCUCCAGAGGGCGGUAAGUUUACAGCCGAGAACCCCCUGCAUUUCCUGGAGCGUUUGGAACCCUUUGUGUUGUUUCUCCAUGUCGCUAGUGAGGACGAUCCCCUUCCACCGGAGAAUACCUGCCUUCUGAGAGACGUGGCUCUGAUGCUUGACAAGUACCUCUUCGAGGGCAAACUCCCCGCAUGGUUCGAGACGAUCCUCACGUCCUUCAUCCCCAAGAGCUUCCCGUUCCCCAACAACGUCGAGAGCUCCAGCAUGGUGUAUGGAGAUACAGGAAUCUUGUUGUGCACAGCCUUGCCAGCGAUCCUCCACUCGGCGUAUCUGCUGAACCUCCCGGCUCUUUUCGCAACCGCUUCGCGCCGCAUGAUGUGGCAGAUGACGGCCUACGACGUCGACGAGCUCCUCCCGGACCACAUGAAGGCGCUGAUGCCGUGGGACUUUAUCCGGGGCUUUGAGUCCGAGGUGGUGAGAGUGCGUGACGUCCUGAUCUCCAAUCUCCCCCACGUGUUCUACCCGGACCCGCACGGCGACGCCCAGUGGGGAUGCCACGACUGCAACCUCGUGUCGCACGCCGAGCGCUGGCACCACGAGGUCAUCAGCAAGGCCGAGUGCACCCAAGCCGAGCGGCUGGGCGGCGAGGUGCAGCAGAGCCUCGAGAGCAUCUUUGCAGAAUACGUCCACGACAUGACCAAGCUUGAGCGCCUGCGCGAGUUCGACCAGGUCGACAACCCCACGAGAUUCGAGUGUGGCCGCUUCCGCCUCCGACACCUCGACGUCUCCGAGAACGAGAUCCUCUUCGAGGCCUACACCGCCAUCGGGGGUUUGUGCUUGCCGUGCAUCCGCGCCGGCGGUGAGUUUGCCUUUCGCCUCCAUUGCGACCAGCACAACCUCGAUCUGAGCAAGGAAUCGUCAGUACGCAAUAAAUAG